CACUCUUGCUGCAUUCAAAGUACCCUACAGUCCAUUUCAAUAAACACUGUGAAGAAUGAAGGGAAGGGUAUUCUGGUCAUGUGCCUCAUGCACAAUCUCUGGGAACCAGAAGUUGAACAUCAAAUUUGUCCCCUAUGAUCCGGGAUCUUCUUUUAUAAUCAUGUGGUCUCACAUUCUUCCUGCUAAGCGACACAUCAACAUAUACACAUUCUGUCAGUCUUGUUUGGCAAUCAUGGGAUGCACCUCGUUCGAAGAGGAGAUGAGUCUGGUUCUCCAAGUCAAGGAUCUGCAGGUUUUUCUUGAUAGGAAGACCUCCUGGAUUAAGAAGGAAUGGAACUUCUGGGUCCACAACCGUGAGUUCCAGAAAAUCCAUAGAGUCGUUAGGGACAAGGACGGGAUCGAAAGUCAGAUGUGCGAGACAUAAUCUGUUGACGGAUUAAGGAGCCC